AUUCUCUUCUUGGUGGACUCAAAAAAACAAAAAAAAAAACGAUUUCUUUCUAUUGCAAUCCUCUUCGCUUGUGUGUCCAAACAAGGCCAAAACAUGAAGAGCUGCUCGACUUCAACCAAACUAGAACGCAAGGCAAUCGAGAAGAACAGGAGACUGCACAUGAAAGGCAUGUGUUUCAAGCUUGCUUCUCUAGUCCCAUCCCACCAUCCAAAGGAAGUUCUAUCACAACCAGAUCAGGUGGAUCUAGCGGCAGCCUAUAUAAAGAAACUGGAGGUGAAGAUUGAAGAAUUGAAAGAGAAGAGAGAUUUCAUGAAGAGUAUCAACGGAAUUAGCAAAAAUGUUAAGGGAGGGAUGAUGAUAGGUUUGGGAUCACCUGCGGUUGAAGUGAGAGACUUGGGUUAUACUUUGGAGGUGGUUUUGAUCAGCGGCUUGGAUAGAAAAUUCAUGACCUGUGAUGUUAUUAGUGUUCUUGAGGAGGAAGGAGUUGAUGUUGUGACCGCCAACUUCUCUUUCACGGCUGACAAGGUUAUCCACAUAAUCCAUUCUCAGGUCACAAACUCUAGAGUGGGUUUUGAAAGUGAAAGGGUGUAUCAGAAACUGAAGGAUCUGGUCAAUUGAUCUCCUUAGAUGUUGGUGAUGUAACAACCAAAGAAGGGAAAUGUGUGUGUGUG